UCGCUAGCUUUAGACGCCUGUAGUAUACAGAAUGAGCGAACGAAGAAAAUCAAGUGAAACUAGAGCGGACCGCAGCGAUAGCUAUGAAUCGAAGCCGCGUUUAGAUGACUAUCCCCCUAAUUCACGCUUGUUCAUUGUUUGUAGUCGAAACAUCUCGGAGGAAGAGUUUCAGGAUGCGUUUCAGAAGUUUGGAACCAUCGAGGAAAUAUGGACAGUACGCGACAAGACGACAAAACAACCAAAAGGUGUCACAUAUAUCAAGUUCUCCAAAACUUCUGAGGCAGCACUAGCACUGGAGGAGAUGAACGGUCGGUGUAUUGCCAGCCACCCCAGGCCACUCAAAGUUAUGAUCGCCCACAGCCGGGACCAGGGCUCGAAGCGGGAGAUGAACGAGUCGGAACGGCUGCUGCGGCUGUUCUGCGUCGUGCCCAAGACGAUGACCGACCAGGAGCUGCGCGAGCACUUCCAGCAGUUUGGCGACAUCGACUACGUGUCGAUCGUCAAGGACCGCGAGACCAGGGAGAGCAAGGGCUUCGCCUAUGUCAAGUUCCACAAAGUAUCUCACGCAGCCAAGGCGUACGAAGGCUGCGACCGUUCGUUCAAGGCGGUGUUUGCCGAACCCAAACGGCAGGCACCGAGGGACAACCCGUUUCCUGACCGCUUCUCUUCGGCGUCUGGCUCGGGUGGAGGGAUGCCUGGCGGGGGAGUGUUCGACAAUGCGUACACUCCUUUCAACAGUCGAGGGGUACCGCACGAAGGCUCGGGGAAGGUGACGCUGCGCGUGAUCGCGCCCGGCAGCCUGACGCAGGACCAGCUGUGGCGGCUGUUCGACCUGGUGCCGGGCCUCGACUACCUGCAGUGCGACCCCAAGCUCUGGAUGGGUAAACAGCAGGCUACGGCAGUGUACAACUCUGCGCAGGCAGCCGCCUACGCCCUGGACCGUCUCCACGGCUUCGAGUACCCGCCCGGCUACCGACUCAUAGUGAAGAUGGAUCCUGACCGUCCCCUGUCCCACGUGUCGGCGAGCAGGGACCCUUUCUCGGCAGUAGCCGCGGCCAGCUCCCCCCGACUGGGCACUGCGUCACCCGGCAUCGGGAGUGUCGGCGCGGUGAGUGCGGCCGCCGCCCUCACCCCGGACUUGGCGACUCUGGCGGAGACGAUCGCACAGGCCACGUCGCUCAUACAGGCUGCCGGGCUUGCACCUGGCAAAAUCAAACCUGCAGAUCCCGGAGUGAGGGAAGAGACGUACGACCCCAGCUACUGCUCGGUGAAGCUGCCGCCGCCACAGCCGCUGGCUCCCGUCGACUCCGACUGUGCCGAGAGGUUGUUUAUCGUUUGCAAUCCGAGCCCUCCACCUUCCUACGCAGUGCGUGACGUUUUCGGCAGAUUCGGCCACCUGAUUGACGUCUACCUGCUGAACGGCAAGAACUACGGCUACGUCAAGUAUGCCAGUAAGGAGUCUGCCAACAAGGCAAUUCAGGUGUUGCACGGCCAGGAGAUAUGCGGAGUUCGGCUGAAGGUGAUGGCCGCAGAUCCGCGCACGGAUGACCGCCGCAAGAGGCUCAGGGUGGACGACCAGUAGGUGCAGACGUGAGGCAAAAGGUGUUGUGAGGGCAGCUGUACGAAUUUAUCGAGAACGCUUCCCCCAUCAAAGUCUUU